GUGGUAAGGUUUAUACCGAAGUGAAUAUCUGUGGAGCAAAAUAACUUUUUGAUAUUUAAAGAUUACAAAUCUUUGAUUAUCAAAAAGUUUCCAAUAUUCAUCGUGAUCUUGCCUCAAAUUCAACUUCUUUUUUUCUAAUUACUACCGAAACUUGAUCUUAUGGCUACCCUUUGUCCUUUACACAAAAAUAAUUAUAUUAUAGCUGUUAUCACCCUUUUUCUCUUUCAUCUCGUAUGUUACUCUGUUACAGCAACCGCCAAUAUCAACAACAAUAAUGGUGGCUUUAGCGCCCGUCUUAUCAGAAGGAACUCCAAGAAUUCACCAUUGUAUAAAUACAAAAACAAUAAAGUUUUUCGACGGUUGAUGGGUCCAGACACGGCUGGAGCACCAAUGACAACUGAUCCGGAUAGUGGCCAACAUAUUAUGAAGUUCUCAAUGGGAACCCCGCCAUUUGAUAUUUAUGCCAUUGCUGAUACAGGCAGCGAUCUACUAUGGACGCAAUGCCAACCGUGUAAAGUUUGCUAUAAGACCAAAUUUGACAUUUUUGACCCGAGAAAAUCCUCAACUUAUAGGAGCAUUUCAUGUUGGGCAAGCGACUGUAGACUCAUCCAGAAUCCAUCGGUCUAUCCACCAAACUUUUGUAGAGAAAAUGCUGAAGAAACUUGCGUGUACCAUGCCGCGUAUGCAAGCGGGCAUAACUCGACAGGUCCAUUCGCUAAAGAAACAGUUACCUUCACAUCCACUGCAGAUAAAGUUGUAACCGUAGAGGAUUAUUUAUUUGGGUGUGGGAAUGAGAACAAUUUCCAUGGAAAUAAUUUGGGAGUUAUUGGGCUUGGACGUGGUCCCUUGUCAUUAGUUUCUCAAAUGGCUCCCUAUGUUGGAGGGAAAAAAUUUUCUCAUUGCUUCGUGGCAGAUCCCAAUAUUGAAAGCAAGAUCUAUUUCGGGAACGGGAGUGAAGUUUUGGGUGAAGGGGUACUGACAGAAACUAUGGCAGAACCAAACGGGGGUUAUACUUUGACAAUAUCAGGAAUUACCAUUGAAAAUGACUUUGUUCCUUUUAACUCAACUGGGACAUUGCGCAAGAAAGCUAACAUGCUGGUUGACUCAGGUACACCUCUGUCACGUUUACCACAAGACUUUUUUGACCGAGUGAUAACUCAGCUAAACAACACAGUUAAAUUAGAGUCAUUCAUGCAAAAAGGAGGUGAAUUAAGUAACAUUUGCUUCAAUUACACGACGCUUCCAAAAUUACCAACAGUGGCUUUAGAAUUUGAGAGUGGUGGAAAACUGCAGUUGAAUGAGAACCAAUUAUUUCAUAUAGACGAAAACCGCAAGGUGUUUUGCUUUAUGAUGAUGAACAGCACUUCUGAUUUUAUGAUUUUUGGAGGUACUCUUCAGACAGAUUUCUUGAUUGGUUUUGACCUAGAUAGAAAAGUGGUAUCUUUCAAGCCCACUAAUUGCGCAGACUUCAAUAAUAACUAAUUGCCUAAACUACUAAUAUUGGUGGUGGUAUAAAUUUUGUAUUUUGUUUUUCUGCUUUUGUGAACUAUGCUAUUUGUAUUUGCUUUUGAUUAUGAA